CUGUGGUGUGUCUGUGGGCCUGGCCGAGGGUGCAGGCAGCAGCUGCCUCGGACAAGGGUGCCCUAGCAGGCGGCGUCCAGCAGGCACCCGACCCCUCUCUAGGCCUGUGGGCAGGGCACUCACCCGCAGAGUGCCGGCACCUUCUUCUUCCUCUUCAUUCAUUCUUCUCCAGACCUUUGAGGCCCAGCAUGCCUUCCUUCCUCCCUCUCUGGUCUUCCUUCUUCUGUGUUCUUCAGUCAUUUUUCUCUGGGUGUUUCCGCCAAGAAUGUUCCACGCGGCACACUGCUGUACUGCCUGUGCCUUUAUCUCCCCUCAGCCCCAGCACAGUGCUCAGCCUUCCCUGCUGGAGCCACUUGCCCGUCCAUCACCCAGCCACUGGCCAACAAUACAAGGCUUGACAAGCACCACUGGAGUGUUCCUGCCUUGACCCAUUACAUAUUCUGCCUUUAAUUCCCUCAGGGCAGCAACCCUAACAAGCCAUCACAGCUCCCAGGCCGGCACUCUGCCCCAGUGGUCUCUGCUGGGCCGAGUUUAACAAGUCCAUCACAGCUCCCAGGCCGGCACUCUGCCCCAGUGGUCUCUGCUGGGCCGGGUUUAACAAGCCAUCACAGCUCCCAGGCCGGAACUCUGCCCCAGUGGUCUCUGCUGGGGUGGGUUUAACAAGUCCAUCACAGCUCCCAGGCUGGCACUCUGCCCCAGUGGUCUCUGCUAGGCUGGGUUUAACAAGCCAUCACAGCUCCCAGGCCGGCACUCUGCCCCAGUGGUCUCUGCUGGGCUGGGUUUAACAAGCCAUCACAGCUCCCAGGCUGGCACUCUGCCCCAGUGGUCUCUGCUGGGCUGGGUUUAACAAGCCAUCACAGCUCCCAGGCCGGCACUCUGCCCCAGUGGUCUAUGCUGGGCCGGGUUUAACAAGUCCAUCACAGCUCCCAGGCCGGCACUCUGAACCAGUGGUCUCUGCUGGGCCGGGUUUCUUGUGGAGCGCAGGGAAACUUGACAAACCCUCACACAGCGUCCCCUUGGUAAUCCUGCCGAUGGUCUGUUGUGGCGACCCGAGUCACUGCUGCUGCACUGUGCCGGGGCAAGGUGGCUCGUGGCAGAUGGCACUGUUCACUGUGGUGUUGGCUGCUGCACUGUGCCGGGGAAAGGUGGCUCGGGUCAGGCGUCACUGUUCACUGUGGUGUGGCUUGUUGGCUGCUGCACUGUGCCGGGGCAAGGUGGCUCGGGGCAGACGGCACUGUUCACUGUGGUGUGGCUUGUUGGCUGCUGCACUGUGCCGUGGCAAAGUGGCUCGGGGCAGACGGCACUGUUCACUGUGGUGUGGCUUGUUGGCUGCUGCACUGUGCUGGGGCAAGGUGGCUUGGGGCAGACGGCACUGUUCACUGUGGUGUUGGGUGCUGCAAUGUGCCGGGACAAGGUGGCUUGGGGCAGACAGCACUGUUCACUGUGGUGUUGGCUGCUGCCUUGUGCCAGGACAAGGUGGCUCGGGGCAGACAGCACUGUUCACUGUGGUGUUGGCUGCUGCCUUGUGCCGGGACAAGGUGGCUCGGGGCAGACAGCACUGUUCACUGUGGUGUUGGCUGCUGCCUUGUGCCAGGACAAGGUGGCUUGGGGCAGACGGCACUGUUGACUGUGGUGUUGGCUGCUGCCUUGUGCCGGGACAAGGUGGCUCGGGGCAGACAGCACUGUUCACUGUGGUGUUGGCUGCUGCACUGUGCCGGGGCAAGGUGGCUCGGGGCAGAUGGCACUGUUCACUGUGGUGUUGGCUGCUGCACUGUGCCGGGGCAAGGUGGUUUGGGGCAGAUGGCACUGUUCACUGUGGUGUUGGCUGCUGCACUGUGCCGGGGCAAGGUGGCUCGGGGCAGACGGCACUGUUCACUGUGGUGUUGGCUGCUGCACUGUGCCAGGGCAAGAUGGUUCGGGGCAGGCAGCACUGUUCACUGUGGUGUGACUUGUUGGCUGCUGCACUGUGCCGGGGCAAGGUGGCUUGGGGCAGACGGCACUGUUCACUGUGGUGUUGGCUGCUGCACUGUGCCGGGGCAAGGUGGCUCGGGGCAGACGGCAUUGUUCACUGUGGUGUUGGCUGCUGCACUGUGCCGGGGCAAGGUGGCUUGGGGCAUACGGCACUGUUCACUGUGGUGUGAUUUGUUGGCUGCUGCACUGUGCCGGGGCAAGGUGGCUCGGGGCAGACAGCACUGUUCACUGUGGUGUUGGCUGCUGCACUGUGCCGGGACAAGGUGGCUCGGGGCAGACUGCACUGUUCACUGUGGUGUUGGUGCAUCUCUCAGCAGUCAGCCACAACACGGUGCCAGUUCUCCCAGGUGGUGUUGAUGACUGGCUCCCCGUCACACACACACAGCAGCACAACACACUACCUCAGAAGUGGGUCUUCAUGUGCCGGGCAAUGUGCCCCUUCGUGUUAAAGUGCUUCCCACACACUUGAACUCUCUCAGGCCAGAGUGUCUGAACAUGUGACGCUCCAGGGUUUGCUUCUCUCUGAACCUUUCUCCACAUUCCAGACACUCAUGAGGCCUUUCACCAAUGUGUGUAUGUUGAGGCCACCCUUCUGUGUAAACCUUUGGCCACAAACUUCACAUUCAUGAGGCCUUUCACCAGUGUGUGUGUGUUGAGGCCACCCUUCUGUGUAAACCUUUGGCCACAAACUUCACAUUCAUGAGGCCUUUCACCAGUGUGUGUGUGUUGAGGCCACCCUUCUGUGUAAACCUUUGGCCACAAACUUCACAUUCAUGAGGCCUUUCACCAGUGUGUGUGUGUUGAGGCCACCCUUCUGUGUAAACCUUUGGCCACAAACUUCACAUUCAUGAGGCCUUUCACCAGUGUGUGUAAGGGCGUGUGUGUUGAGGCCACGCUUCUGUGUAAACCUUUGGUCACAAACUUCACAUUCAUGAGACCUUUCACCGGUGUGUGUGUGUUGAGGCCACCCUUCUGUGUAGACCUUUUGCCACAAACUUCAUAUUCAUGAGGUCAUUCACCAGU